UUAUAUCAUUAUAUAAAUCAAUAAAUCUUAUGUAAUCUAUCCAUUUUUCAAUAAUCUCUAAAAUAUGACAUUAAUCAUCGACACUAAAGAAGAACUCGAAUUCUACCAAAACUGCUAUAACACCCCUCUACAAUGCAAUCUCGACUCCUGCUCCAUCUUCACAUCUCUCUACAACGACAACAACCCUCCUCCUCAACCCAAAAACCCCUCUAUCGAAAACAAAGUCAUCAAACUCCGCUCACCCACCCCAAUCCCAGUCAAAUCAAAAAAAGCUGUCGAUAAAAUUAUUAACUCAGCCAAUAGUUUCCUUACUAACUCAAUUAUGAUAAACAUGAGGAUUGGGUCAGUAAGAAUAGAAUACACAAUCAUCUCCUCAAAUUCCAACAUGAAACCCUCAAAUAAUAAAAGAAGCAAAUCACAAGGAUAUUCUGGGCCAAUCUGCAUUAGAGUCAUUAUAUAUUGCUCAUUCGUGGGACAUAAAUGGGAUCAUCAGACAGAUAAGGGUAAGUAUUUCUCAGUCAUUAUUUUUCUCAAUAAUCUCUCAAAUUCUUACUCGUCACAUAGGAAAGGAAGAGCAACUCACUAAGCUACUGCAAUUUUUUGAAAGAAUGUUGAUGAUAGAUCAGCUUGCUUGAGAUUUUAAUAUCUCCUCAAAAAGCUUAGAGAUGCAUUU